GUGUCAGUUAUGUGAUUGUUGACAGAAUUAGUCUUAAGAACUGUCGAAACAAAAUAUAGAAGGGAUUCAGUUCAAAUGUAAAGCAAAUAAAACUCGAAAAAUUAAUUUGUGUGUGAAUUAACUACAAAUAUGGCUCCAAAGGGUUCUUUUGAAAAUCAGUUCGAUGACUACUCUAUUGAGGCUGCAGCAAAUAUUCUGAAUGAAAGUCGAGACGGGAUUUCAGAAAAAUUUCAUACAAAAUUGCAAAAGUUUAAAACAGAAAAAUUACAGUUGCUUACAAUGAAAAUGGAAAAAGAUAUAUUUUAUGAUGGGACAGUUUAUACUGGUUCAGCAGGCCUUGCCUUACAUUACUUCAUGUGUUCCUUGAAAAAUGAUUACAGCAGUGACCUACUGAAGACUGCAUUAGAAUAUUUAGACACUGAUAAUUUGAAAGGACGCAGAAUUAGCUUUUUGUGUGGAGAUGCUGGACCACUUGCACUUGCAACAGUAAUAUCAUUCAAGCUAGGUUCUAGACGUCAUGAUAAAACAAUGCCAGAUUAUAAAUUGUAUGCUCAAAGAUUAAUGGCAUUAAUUUCCUUGUUGAACGAAUCACCAGAUGAGCUUUUGUAUGGUAAAUCUGGAUAUCUCUAUGCCCUACUUUUUGUGAACAAAUACAUUAACGGGAAAGAAAUAAUACCAGGAAAUCACAUUGAAAGGGUGAUAAACAGCAUCCUAAAAUCUGGAAAACAAUAUGCGGCGACUAUGAAGAGUGAGAGCCCAUUGUUAUGGAACUGGCAUGAUAAGGUGUAUUUUGGCGCAGCUCAUGGAAUGGCUGGGAUUCUAUACAUGUUGUUGCAAGCUCGAUUAUUUAUUAAUAUCAUUGAAAUACGAAGCUUUAUUAAACCGGCCAUAGACUGGUUACUAAGCCAACGCUAUCCGAGCGGUAAUUUCCCUUCAUCCAUGGGGAGCAACUCGGGCGAUAAAUUAGUUCAAUGGUGUCAUGGUGCUCCAGGAUUUGUACCUUUAUGUAUUCUAGCAGCCCAGAUUUUCGAGGAUGACAAAUAUCUGAAGAUAGCAAUACAAUGCGGAGACGUUAUUUGGCAGCGUGGAUUGUGUGCGAAGGGAUAUAGUUUAUGUCACGGAGUCAGUGGCAAUGCGUAUGCGUUUAUACAGCUCUAUCAAGCCACGAAAAAACCGAUGUAUUUGUACCGGGCUAGUUGCUUCAUGGAAUGGUGUGCGGUGGAACGUUCCGGCACGGAACUGCAUCACCCGGACAGACCAGCAUCAUUGUUCGAAGGGUUAGGCGGCCGUCUUUAUCUAGCCGAGGAUAUAACACGGAUUAUGGAUGCUAAGUUCCCAGCGUUUACUGUUUAAGACAUUACAAAAUAAUACAAAUAUUUCUUUGUAAAAAUAUUUAAUGCUUAAAUACAUACUUAUCUAUACUUAA